CAACUGAUCUUACCCGGUGUUUGUGCAGUUGCUUCCCAACGUGCGCAGUCGCGUGCGGCCGCACCCAUGGUGGCACGCUCUUCGCGGCGCAGCUUGCGCUGCGAGGCCCGCAAGGUUGCGCUGCUUGGUGCUGGCGGCGGCAUCGGCCAGCCGCUGGCCCUCUUGCUUAAAAUGAACAAGUUUGUGACGGAGCUUGCUCUUUACGAUAUCGUCGGGGUUGCCGGUGUGGCUGCCGACCUGAGCCAUUGCAAUACUCCUGUUAAGGUAACUGCUUUUACUGGCCCUGAGGAGCUGGCUGGCUGCCUCAGCGGUGCUGAUCUCGUGGUCAUCCCAGCCGGCGUGCCACGUAAGCCUGGGAUGACUCGCGACGACCUAUUCAACACCAAUGCUGGUAUUGUUCAGGCUCUUGUACAGGCUGCCGGCAAGAACUGCCCACAGGCUGUGCUGGAGAUUAUCACAAACCCUGUGAACUCGACAGUUCCGAUUGCUGCCGAGACCCUGAAGGCGAUGGGCGUCUAUGACCCAAAGAAGGUUAUUGGCGUCACCAGCCUUGAUGUUGUGCGCGCGAACACUUUCGUUGCGGAGGCCCGUGGUCUGGACAUGAAGGACGUUGACGUUCCCGUUAUCGGUGGACACGCUGGCGCUACCAUCCUGCCGCUCCUGUCCCAGACGACCCCAGCGGUGACCUUCACGGAGGCGGAGAAGAAGGCCAUGACGGAGAAGAUCCAAAACGCGGGAACGGUGGUGGUGGAGGCUAAGGCGGGCAAGGGGUCUGCCACGUUGUCCAUGGCCUAUGCCGCUGCUCGUAUGGCUGAGUCGACGCUGCUGGGUCUCAAUGGCGAGCCCAACAUUUACGAGUGCGCAUUUGUGCAGUCGGAGGUUGUUGCGGACGUGCCAUAUUUCGCCAGCAAGGUGCUGCUGGGGCCUCACGGCGUGGCCAAGGUGAUGGGCCUUGGUGAGCUGGAUGCUUUCGAGACGGCGGCACUGCAGUCCAUGUUGCCGCAGCUAAAGGCGGAAAUUCAAAAGGGUGUUGACUUUGCCAAGAAUGCCAAGGUGGCUGCAUAAAAGACCUUUGGACUUCACGCGGCGCGGGCAUAAAUGUGCACCUCAAACAGGAAUCUGGGUACGCGAGGCGGGCCCGGCCGUUCUGGGGCAGGCCUCGCCUUGCCUACCCACCUUUGAUGCUGCAUCAAGGUGGAUAAGUCGGACCUUGCGUGUCGGACAUCGGGCUGUGGGCCAGACCGGAGAUGGAAGAACGGAGGGUGUCUUCCUAAAAUUUAAGCACAUCGCGAUGUGUGUGGCGCGGCGCGGUGAACAGACAUGCGAGCGGGCCUGGAAUUCGUGUGGAGCGGGUUCGGGUUGCUACUGUUUGAUCCGAGGGCAAUAAGCAGGUGCUGACUUCCAUGAUUUGCGUGGUGUGGGAAGUGAAUGUGGUAUUCUGUCAAGCAGGCGAAGUCGGUCUCAUUUGUUCAAUCCUUUCUUCAUGCCCAACGCUCCCAGCUUUUGCCCUAAUGGCAAAAUGGCAAGUGGUCAGCACCCGGAAUCGUUACACGAUUCCGGUUGGGCAUCAUGUUCAUCGAAUUUGUAGUGGCAAUGGGUGUGCCGCGACUGUCGCGCCAUUUCUUUCGUUCAUUCUUUGCCUGUCGUGCAGCUGUCUCAGGUGUGCUUGUGUACGGUUAAUGGGAGCAUGUCGGACUGGUAUUGCGAUAUCGGAGUAUGGCAGGCACAUCUAGUGCAGAAGCAGCAUACGUCUCGACGAUAAGUGACAUAUACAUACGAAAUAAAUUAGAAAAAACGUAGAAGGGAGCUAGGAGAGGGGGAGCUAAGAGCCAGAGAGGGGAGAUAAGAUUGAUUGUAUGUAAUCAUCACGGCAAAAG